UAAAGCAUGCGCACUGAAAUACAAAACAAGAGAAAACCUGUGACCGGCCACCCGAGUGCGAGAUCGGUGGAAUUUCUCCUUCUGUCAUAUCUGUAAAAUCCACCGAUUGCUCUUCACAGCAUGGCCGAGUACUGGCUUGUUUCAGCACCGGGCGAGAAAACGCAACAACAGACGUACGAAGCCCUAAAAUCCCGUAUGGUUGGCAUGUCUCCUGUCUACAAAUUUCCGAUUCCCGAACUGAAGGUUGGAACCCUUGAUACACUAGUUGGACUUUCUGAUGAUCUGAACAAAGUUGAUUCAUUUGUUGAAAGCACAACGAGAAAGCUAGCACACUACAUGGUUGAUGUCCUGGAAGAACAUCAGGAUAGAGUAAAAGAAAAUCUCUUGGCAAAUGGCCAUGAACUCAGCAACUAUGUAACCAAAUUUCAGUGGGAUUCAGCUAAAUAUCCAAUUAAGCAAUCACUCCGUAAUCUAACAGAGAUCAUAAGCAAGCAAGUCUCCCAGAUUGAGCAUGACCUGAAGACCAAAUCAGCGGCAUACAAUAACAUCAAAGGCACCCUCGCCUCCCUGGAGAGAAAAUCUACGGGCAGCCUGUUAACGAGAAAUCUUGGUGAACUUGUCAAAAAAGAGCACUUUGUCUUAGACUCCGAAUAUCUGACAACACUACUUGUUGUUGUCCCAAAAGCUUUGUUUAAUGAGUGGAAAGAGAAAUACUGGAAAUUGACAGAUAUGGUUGUCCCAGAGUCUUCAAAGUUGCUGUUUGAAGAUAAUGAACAUGGGCUGUUCACUGUGACACUUUUCAAGAAAGUUUUAGAGGAGUUCAAGCACCACGCAAGAGAUAACAAAUUUCUUGUCCGUGACUUUGUGUAUGAUGAGCAAGCGCUCUCUGCUGGCAAGAAUGAGAUCUCAAAGUUGGAGUCAGACAGAAAAAGACAGUUUGGUCCUCUUGUAAGAUGGCUCCGUGUUAAUUUCAGUGACUCUUUCACGGCAUGGAUACACAUUAAGGCACUAAGAGUCUUUGUUGAAUCAGUUCUAAGAUAUGGCCUCCCUGUAAACUUCCAAGCAAUGUUACUUGAGCCAUCAAAAAAGACACAGAAGAAGAUCCGUGAUUCCCUAGACACUGCAUACAGCUACCUGGAGUCCAAGUCGUUCAGUGCAACAGUAAAUGAGCAAGCGAUAGACAUCCCUGGUCUUAUGAUAUCCCAUCAACAGUACUACCCCUAUGUCUUCUACAACAUCAAGCUCAACCUUCUAGAGAGAUAGGCACACCUAUCUUAGGUACAAAAUGAGUUUACUUGUGGGAGAUGGCUUGGGGUAUUGCAUGCAUUUACCUUAUGAUAAAAUACAGGACUUCGGUGAGUGGCGUUUCUAUAUAUGUACCCAGGGAAACAAUUUUAACAUUUCUUUUGCGAUUUAAAAAUCUUCUGUAAUAAUUGCAAAUGAACAGGGGUGCUUCCUAAAACAUUAAUUAUUAUAUUAAAAGUAAGACUUGACAUGAGGCUGUUGUAGGUGAAUCAACAGGGGGCGGAUCUAGCUUUUUGCUAAAGGGGGGGGGGGGGGUGGUUUAGUGACAAAGGGGGUAGGGGGUAAUUUUUUUUGUUACAUAUGGCUUUCUGGCAACCCAAGGGGGGAAGGGGGUUAAACCCCCUAAACCGUCCCCCUAGAUCCGCCACUGAUCAAACCUGGGCUUUCGGACUGGAUUGUGUCCUGGGCCCCCUCUUGUGUAUUGGAUUCGCAACAGGUAGCCCAAAGAUAGCAAAACUAGGUAGGGCCGAAAGCAGAGACACCUGUAGAUGAAGAUACUAUUUCUUUGAAAAUUUUCGAAAUAUGCUUUUAUAAAUUUUGGUUUUGGCAGCGUAGUGGUACUGACUUUAGUGCAAAUUUAAAACUAGAAAGGGCAAUCAAAUUAUAGGCAAAUACAAUUAUCUGGAAAUGGAAUAAGGUGAAUUUACAUCUCAUUUCCUCAAAGCAUUUAAGGGAUUCAUCGUAUAUAGACUAAGUAUUGAUUGUAAUUUAGCCGCCUACGCCCACGUUGUAAGUAGAAUAUUCAGUGAUCCUUCACUUUUAAUGAAUUAUUGAAUAAAUACCUCUCUACCGACUCAUUUAAUGCAAAGAAAAAGAUAGACUGA